CGUACAUACAUAGGUACAUUGCAACUUAAUAUAAAGCUUGUAAAUACAACUUUUUGCUCAGGAACGGAGUAAGACUCGUGCAGAGGAAGUUCGCGCAAGGUGUACCCAUUCCAGCGAGCAGCAUCAGCGUCGCGCCUACACCGCCGGAGCGCAAACCGGACCCACCUUACUCUCCCAAAAAUGUCUACCACAACAACAUGUCCGCUCGGAACCUGCUCGACAUUGUGUCUAUUCAAAACAUACACAAACACAAGCAAGAACCACUCGUGGUGCUCGAACGUCUUCGAGACGACGAGAUACCGUCGCCCGUCUUGCCGAACGGACGGUGCGUCCGACCAAGGAUCCGGGUGCCCUUGAGACGCCGGAAGGUCAAGGGCAACAAGGGCAACAUGUGCCUGAGGUCAGGCAAGCGCAAGUCCACUGAUGCCGGCAAGGGGCCCACUAAGAAACGAAAGAAGCUGUCCUCGGAGUCCACGGACGACAUACCGCUCGUCUACUAUUUCAACAACCGGCCUGCCAAGCCGCAUAAUAGACAGCACAGACAGAAGGACAUCACAGUUACAGACAAAAAACAAAAAGCGCCAGUCAGAGAGAAACGUACGCCAGCACCAAAGAAAACGGUCACCAAAGAGCGAAGCGACUCCACGGUUGACAAACCACCUUCAAGGGCAGAGUCCAAAGGUAAACAUACACUUAAACUGUUAUAAAUACAAUAUAAUCACAUGUUGCUGGUGGCCUAGCGGUAAGAGCGUGCGACUUGCAAUCCGGAGGUCGCGGGUUCAAACCCCGGCUCGUACCAAUGAGUUUUUCGGAACUUAUGUACGAAAUAUC